GCCUGCGGCCGCCUUCAGUCUGGGCCGAAGAAGAGUUGGCGGCUGCGCCAUGGACGAGCUGCAGCGUGCCCCCGCUUCGCCGUCCCAGGUCGAGCGCGCGCCAGCCGCCCAGGUCUCGGCCAGCGGCGACCACGGCCCGGCUGGCGGCCUCCUGCAGAGUGCGGCGCUGCCGGGCGCCCUGGCUGCGGCCGCCGCCUGCCUGCUGCUGGCGCUGAGCGUGGCCUGCCUGCUGCAGCGCCGCCGGCGCAAGACGGACGACCAGCCGGCCGCCGACCACGGCGCCUACGAGCGCCUGGACUGCAGCCGCUCGCCCAGGGUGUCCAUCGCGGUGGCCGGCCCCACCGACCGCACGCCCUCGCCCACGUCCCGGCGCAGUCUUCGCCGCGGCACCAACGAGCCGCAUUUCUACGGCGGCUGCAUAGCGCAGGAGCGUCCGAUUGACUUCGUCGUGCCCACGCUGGCCGCAUCGUCCCUGUGUGGCUCCGCUGCCAGCCUCGUGUCGGACGCCAGCUCGAGCGUCGCGGAACCCGCUGGGCCACCCUGCUCGUCCCCCGGCGACCCUGGACCCGUUUCUCUGCUGCCUGUCUCCACCUCGCUCCUGGGUGGCCUGAACCCCGAGCUGUACCGGGUGACGGCGGACGACGGCGCUGACGACGGCGAAGAGCGCAGUUUCCCGGAGAGCCACCGUGGCCGCAUCUGGUUUUCGCUGCAGUACGAGGACCCCCGCGAGAGCCUCGAGCUGCGCGUGAUCAAGGGACGCAACCUGCCCUCGCGCGUCUGCGGAUCGGUCAACUGCUGCGACCCCUUCGUCAGCCUGUGGGACCAUACAGAGAAGUGUUCGGCCCAGGGUUUUCGAAAGGCCCAUUCAGAAAGCAGAAUGGGCGAAGAAGCAAGAGUGGCCGGUUACGAUGAACAGCCGGUCGCAAAUGUCUCUGCUCCUUCAGCGGUCAACGGGAGCGCUAUCUCUGAGCCCAUGGCGCCUGCGCAACCAGAAGUUGCGGUGCUCUCAUCCGCUUCCGGUGAGGGCUCGUACAACGUCAACACGUCUUCGCCUUCUUUACCGUGGGCUCUCUUUCCGGCGCCCAAUGACACUACCAUUCCUGUACCGACGGCAUCGGCGGCGGAGAUUCAGUGCUACCUGUCCGACGUCAACCGUAGUGCAG